GAAUGGCCAUUCGUGUUAUUAUUUUUCUUUUGUUCAAUGAAUUGAUUCUGAGUCAAAAAUUGACGACAUUCGACUUCUAGAUGCAUUAUCAGUAUGAAUCACUACAACAAUUUCAAUCACCACAACCAUAGCAGAACAGAGUCCAUACCGGUCACACCCAUAGGUAUCACAGAUGACGAUGCUACUAUAAAUAAAAAGCUGCCCAAAGAGUUACUACUAAGGAUAUUUUCAUUUCUAGACGUCGUCUCAUUAUGUCGAUGUGCCCAAGUAGCAAGGUUUUGGAAUGUCCUUGCACUGGAUGGCAGUAACUGGCAAAGAGUUGACCUGUUUGAGUUCCAGAGAGAUAUUGUGGGCCUGGUGGUUGAAAAUAUAUCCAAGCGCUGCGGCGGAUUUCUGAAGUCAUUGAGUCUUCGCGGAUGUCAGAGCAUCACAGAUGCGGCCCUGAGGACUUUUGCUCAGCAAUGUAGGAAUAUAGAGGAACUGAAUCUCAACAAUUGUAAGGAGAUCACAGACUUGACUUGUGAGAACCUGGGCAAGUACAGCCAUAAGUUACACAGGCUGGACAUUAGCUCCUGUCCACAGAUCACCAACUCUGCACUCAAGGCCGUCAGUGAUGGCUGUCACAAUUUGAAUAUCAUUAAUUUGUCCUGGUGUAGAGAGGUCACGAAUGACGGUGUAGAGGCCCUGGCGAAGGGCUGUACAGUAUUACACACCUUCAUAGGCAAAGGGUUACCACAGGUGACAGAUGUUGGAAUCUCCCAUAUAGCAAGGAAUUGUAAAAAUCUGAAAAAAAUCAAUCUCCAUAGUUGUUCAAAUAUAACAGAUGAAGCUAUACAGGAGAUAGGGGAACACUGUCACCAGCUCCUGUUUCUGUGUAUAUCUAACUGUCUGAGGUUAACAGACGCUGCCCUCGUCUCCCUCGGUCAGGGUUGUCACAAUCUAAGGACAUUGGAGGUAGCAUGUUGUUCCCACUUCACAGACAAUGGUUUCCAGGCCCUGGCCAAGAAUUGCAAUAGUUUAGAGAAAAUGGACUUGGAAGAAUGUAUACAAAUAACAGACUCUACACUGAAUUACCUGUCCAACUACUGUCCCAAAAUCAGCGCAUUGAGUCUGUCCCACUGCGAGCUGAUAACAGAUGAAGGAAUCCGUCACAUCGGAACAGGGACAUGUGCAACAGAGUAUCUCCACAUCCUAGAGCUGGACAACUGCCCACUUAUAACAGACGCAUCACUAGAACACUUGAUGGGCUGCCAAGGACUGGAGCGUAUAGAACUGUACGACUGUCAGCUCAUCACACGGGCUGGUAUCCGCAGACUCCGCACACGACUACCAAACAUCAAAGUACAUGCCUACUUUGCACCAGUGACCCCACCACCAUCAGUCGGAAAUGGCCGGCAACGAUACUGCAAGUGUUGCGUGAUUCUCUGACAACAAGGAGCCAAGGUGACGACCUUGAAACAACUUUAGGACAGUGAUGAAUGCAAGGUGUGAUCAACUCGUUAGCUGGUACAUGUGUAGUAGACAAUUACAGAUGUAGCAUUGAGGAAAACAUGAGAAAUUCAAACAUCUUUAUAGCUACACAAUACUGGCAUAGGGUUGUGAGGAAAAUCUGGAAAAUCUUGCAGAUAUCCUGAGUGCUCCGUGAGCUGCGGUUGGCUUCGAGUCGGUGCAUAGUCUGGAGCCAAGCUGCGUGGGUUGGGAUGUUACGGAACUGGACAAGCUUCGCUGGUUAUAUCAAGUCUGUUGCUUACAACAAGAUAUUCACAUGCAAAAUUUAUCAAGCUGGUAUAUUAUAUAGCCACUGAAUUCAUGAUUAUUUUUGCAAACGUGUCCAAACUGCGAUUCUUAUGAUGUGUUAUUAUUAUAAUUAUGCGAAAAUGUCUGUGUGUAAAAGUGUCCAGUUUUACAUAUCAACAAAACAUCCUUCACACAACAUCAUUUACCACUCACAGACAACACACAGGAACCAAGCGACUAACAUCUUUUAAUUAUCCAAUGCUAUUUGGAUACUCCAGAUCAUGUGUUUUGCUAUAGGGAUCAAAGAACUUGGAAUAAGUACAAUGUCCAUUGAAUUUUUUUAUUAUUAAAUAGUUCAAAUGACAAUGUACUAAAUUAAUAUAGGUCUCUUAUUGAUAUCUUAAAGAAAAGACUACCCACUGACAUUUUGCUGGAGGAAGUGAUAUCUGUUGAGAAAUUUUACUUAUAGAAGUCAAAUCUCCAAAUGUGAUGACAAAGUUUUUACUAAUUAUGGAAAUGAUAUCUAUAUAUUGUGUUAGUUAAAUGUUACAAGUUUUCUGUUAGGAAAUAAUUUCCAUAAAUGUGAUUAAAAUUUCCUUAGGAAAUAUCUAUAUGAUUACAAUAUAUUACUUAACACAAGUAAUUAGUAAUGAGAUAUUACUUAAAUGAGUAAUAUCUAUAAAUCUGUGUACGUUUUUUUUUUAACCUUAACAAGUAUUAAAUAUUUUAAGUGUUUAUUGAAGUACAUAUUAUUAAUAUCUAAAUGUGAUCACAGUUUCAAAUCAUGAUGGUAUGUUGGAAAAGGAGCCUUUUUUCAACAUUGAAUUGUUUUUAAGGAUCAAAUGUUUCCUUUAAUAAUAGGUGUGUACUUUUUAUCAUACAGGUGACUCUUUAACUAUGAAUGUCAGUCAAUUUAACAGUAAAGUUCUGAUAAGGAAGCCUAGUAUAACUACCAAUCUGUCAUCUCUGUGUUACUUUUCACACAAACAUUAUAGUUGCCAGCUGCCGACCCUGGACAAAUCUAGUCUUAAAGAAUGAUAUUAUGUUUUCAAACAUGUCCAGAUUGGCCUAUAGAGUAGGUAUAUACUGUACAAGGGUGAUAGAAUAGUUGUUAUUAAUAGUACAUUGUUGGGGAAAUUUCUCUUUUACAGUACUGUUCACUUGGGUUAUAGGUCAAGGUCAGACUGCUGUCAUGAAGAUUUUAUCUCUGGAUGUCUGGUAGGAUGCUUGUUAAGUUAGAUUGCUGUUUGGUUUCUUGUAUUGGAGUGAAUUAUUGUAAUAUCCGGAGUAGUUUUACAAAUGUGGAAUGAAUACUAGAUAUCAAAGAGUAGUGAGGUAAAAUAUUGUGUAUCUGAGAAUAGUGUGAGUGAAUGUUUUAUACAUUGGAAUUGUGUGAUGAAAUUUAGUUUGUCCAAGAGUUGUGUGGUUAAAUGCAAGUCAGAGAAUUGUGUGUUAAUUUGUUUAUGUCCAAUGCAAGAGUUGCAUGGUUAAGUGUUGUAUGUAUUAAAGUCCAAUGGUUUAAACUUUGCGUGACAAAGAACUUAUAUGUGUAUGGUUUAACUAUAUCCUGAGCUCUGUGAAUAAAAGUAUGUCAGAGAGAUGUGUAUGGUUUAAGUCAGAGAGUUGUGUGUCUGAAAUAUGGAAGUUAGUAAAUAUGGAUCUGGAGUUGUUUAUUGCAGACUUCAUUGUUUUUAGAUUCAAAUUCACCUAGAAAAUUAUGUGGUUUGAGAAAUACUAAUUUAACAUUAACCGGGUUAGAGCAAGUAAGCUAACACUUUCUGGUUGAGAAUUUAGGUUUACUUAGUGUUUGAUAUAAGUUACUCGGUUCAAUAGAGAGAAAACUAUUUUUCCAAGUUAAGGUAUAAUUAAGGAAUUCGAAGAUGUAGCAAAUCCAAAGGGGCCAAUCUUAUCUAAUAUGUAGGUAGCUAUAGACAAUUUAAAGACAUCUGUGUACCAUUUACAGGACAAUUAUCUGUAUCUGUUGAAUUACAUUUAGAUAUUAAAACUAUGUUAAUGAAGAUUGUCUGUAUAUGCCGACCGUAAACAUAUAUUAUUCCAACAUAACUGCUGUAAUACCUCCAGGACAGUCAAUGUAGAUAUCCUAUAUAUUUGUGGAACGCUUCAUAAGUAUCCUUCUGAUGUUGGAAGGCUCUGUUAAAGUGACUGGUCUCUGUGAGAAGUGUCCAUUACCAGUUAAACACGAGAUUAUCACUUGUUGAGUUAGAAUCUGUAUCAUGGCAGGUUUGUGUUAUAUAUAAGGGGGGAGUUCAGUAUGAAUUUUUCCUAUCUCGUACAUCAGUGUAAGGUCGACAUUCUACCGUAACUGGUUUACCAACGUUAUUUAAUUAUACAAAAGUGAGAAUAUGGAGAUUUGUUAAGGUAAUGUUUAUUUGCAUGUUUGCAAUGAUAUAAUUUUUUGUUAAAAACAGUGUUAUAAAUUAUUUGUGUUAGUAAUGCAAUUGACCUAGUUAUAUAUUCAUUUGUUUUAAUUACACUUGCGAAACUUACACACUUGACCUAGUUACAAGGUAAACCUACAAACACAUGUGCAAGUACCUUGACCUGGUCAAAUAUGUCAGUUACAUAAUUGACCAUGGCCAAGUUACACAAGUAAUAGUUACAUAUUUGACCUAUCUACACAAUCAUGUAUACGUAACAAAUAGUUGACCUAGUUACACACGUGACAGUUACAUAUUUGACCUAAUUACAUAUAUAACAAUUAUAUAAUUGACAUGGUUACACAUAUGGUUACAUGUUGAACUUAUGUAUACACACGAGAAAAAGUAUGCAGUUAAAUUUCAUUAAUCUGGAAUCCUUAACUUGAUGAACAAUAUUUCUCUGGAUGAUUGGAAGAUGGAAUUUAUGUAAAAUUAUUCCAGUCCCCAUAUAUAAUCCUCAAACUGUAAAAAAAUUUUGGAAUAACAGAAUCUGGAUCACUGGGGAUCCCCUGUGUGUCUGACUGAGUGUGUUAAUCAUCUAUAUCUUUUCAUACUUACUCUAUCAUGACCAGUAUUCUGCAAAACUUUAUUACUUGUGUCCUCGUAUUGUCCGCUUCUCUUCAGUAUUAUCGACGGAUACUUCUGUAUUCCUAUAACACUUAACCUCCUGGUUCUCUGUGACCUAUAACCCCAUGACCUUUUGUCCUCUUAGAUCUGUAGUCUUCCUUGUAUCUCUUUUACUACUCCACUGCUCUGCUCAAUCAUUUUCUAGUACUAGGGGUUUGUUUGCCCUUACUUCUGAACAAAACUAAAAACACGCCAAAGCAGUUUGUGAGGUUUUCCAGUCAUGUAUACUAUGUCUAACAUUUGUUACAGAUCAUAAUUUCAGAUUAUUUAUAACAAGUUUGAUAGGGUACAGAGUGUAUUUUCUAUCUAAGUUCAUCAGUAUUCCAUGAGAAAAUUAAACAGCUUUAAAUUUUCCAAAGGAGAGUAUGAUUGGAUUCAAGGUUAAAAGAUCUUAGCUAAAGAACUUUCCUCAAAUUCUGUUAUACUUUCCUGUGUAAAAUUUUAAGUAUUUUGUUAAUUGGAAUAUUAAUGAAACUCAGCCAGGAAAACUUGAACACAAUUAUACACUGGUGAGUGUGAAUUCAAUAUUCCAUUGUUAACUGUGCAAUUGAGUACAUAUAGUUAAGUGUUAAUGAUAAACUCAAAUCAGCUGAUCACUUUAAAGUGUUAAAAUAGAAAUCUCUACCAUUGAGGGUGUGUUCUAGGCUUGGAGCAUUGUCCCCAAGGGCGGAGAUUUCUCCCGAGUGAAAGACUUGGUGAUGGGUGUAAUCCUGACAAACUCUUGAGAGUUUUGAAUUAGAACACGAUUUUGACACAAGCUGAUUGAGAAUGGCUAAAAGCUGACAAGCUAUAAUGAGUAUGCCAAGUCUUCUACAUGUAGUACGGUAUGCACUGUCCCCACCACAGCUUGUACUCAACGGAUAGUAAUAUCCGUCGUGAUUCAAGUAUUGAAAAGAAUAAGUAUUUUAAAAGGAUCGUGAACCUAGACUGAAUUUUUGACAAUUUCACAUAUUACGAAGUCUUAAAAGAUUUUAAUAAUACAUCUCAAGCUUUCCUCGUUAACUUUUAAUUAUUUAACAACUGUUGUGUUGGUGGACAGUGGCUUUGAUCUUGUUUUGUAUAUUUAUGUAUGUUAAUUUAUGAGUUGUUCAGCUGUGGUCUUUCAAGUAAAACAGGAUAACUUUUAUUUUUGUACAAGCUUGUAUCUGUUGUGAUAGGAUAUAGGCAAUGGUAUUUUUGUGGGAACUGAAGAGACAGUGUGAUAAAGUAAGCUUUGACGUGACCCUGGAACCUCACACAACUUUAAAAAAAGGAAAUAUAAAGCUUCUAGAUUCCAAAAUAAAAUUUUCUAAAUUUUUUCCAAUGAAGACAUCAAAUUUCAUUAUCGAAUAAAGACAAACAUGAUGUGGACUGCCUUGAUCAAGACAUGAUUUUCGAAAUGGACCUUAGAUUUGUUCUGUCCUAAAAAAAAAACGACUCACAAAAUUGGUGUCUAUUGUGCUAGUAAAAGACCUUGCCCGAUGCAAAUCAUGUGAAAUUGGUGUCAAUGUAAGUCAAUGAUAUCCGUGUCACAAGACUAUAUAUUAUUUGUCCAGUCCAGACAAGCUUCUCUUCAGAGUAAAUAUUGGCAUUACCUACAUGAUCUGUGGAGGAUAGACAGGUUUCAUCGUAGGGUACAAACUUAUUCCUGGUUAGGACAGUUCCACUGAUAGACAUAUUCGAGACGCACCAAGAUAUUAUAGUGUUGGACUGAAUCAUUUUUGAGCAUUGAAGCGAUUGUUUUUAUGUUGUGGACAAUAAACUGUACAGAAAAUAUAUUGUAGAUCCGUCGAAAUUUUGUGAUUCCACACCAAAGUACAUGGAAAGUUUCUGAAAAUAUACUAGAUACAUAACCUAGCAAUUUGGUUGGCUCUAAUUGGACAAAUUCAGUUAACUUUGGCCAUAGAUUAGUUUGCAUGGUUUCCAAAUGGUGCCCGAUACCAUUGAUUGGCCAAUGAGUGAAUUUGUAGUAUUAAAGAUACUGGAUACAGAAGAUAGAAACAAAUCCUUUAAAGAUAUUUAGUAUUAGUGCCAGUAAAUGAUAAUGACAUAAUAAUAUGAAGUGUUAAAUUCCAAUUCAAACCAACUUUUGAGUUGUUUUGUCUGUUAAAAUUUUUUUUUUCCUUAUGCCUUUUGAGAAGUCAUUGUUACAACCAUUCAUAAAAUGGGAGAAAAAAAAACACCACUUAAAGUUCAUUGUUAGUUUGUUGUGUACAACAUAUAAAACAGGGCUCUGUAAAUUCCCGUUCACACUAGAGUGUGCAUAGCGACACCUAGUGGUCACAUCAUUACACAGGUCAAUAUUGUCGUGUUUCCAUGGUUACCAGUGAUGUGUCUGUAUCCAUGGUGACGUAAAAUGUGUUUGAUUGAAGAAAAGCUUGCUAUUGCUGUAUCUCCUUGGUUAUAUACCAAUCAAUCAAUCUUUGUAGAGUUAUCUGCCCUUGUAUAUGUUAGCAUUUGCAUGUUUAUUUAUUAUCUGAUCAAGUUUUAUAAAUAAAACAACAUAAUCCUUUA